GUGUGUGUGUGUGUGUGUGUAUUUGUGUGUGUGUGCAGAUGAGCCGGGAUUUCCAUGUGGGAAGACAAAAAACAACAAGGACGUAUCACUUGCAACGGUGUUCCGACUCCCAUCUGACAUCAUGUAGCCCCUGUUGCAUGUUACAUUAUUCAAUGCGAUGCAUCGCUUACUAAUAAAUAUGCAAACGUGAAUUUACUUUUGGGGGUGAAUAUAUAUCUGCCUGCGAGGAUGAGUGGUGGGAGGUCGGAGUGAUGAUGAUGAUACGAAGAUGGCGAGCGGGCUUGGAAAACACAAGAUGAUGACCGCGGCGCCCACGGAGCCCUGGUCCCUCAGGGAGAAGCUGUGUCUGGCCACCUCUGUCAUGAAGAGCGGAGACCAAAACUGGGUGUCUGUGAGUCGGGCCAUAAAACCGUUUGCAGAACCGGGGAGACCUCCGGACUGGUUCUCUCAAAAGCACUGUGCCUCCCAGUACUCAGAGCUCUUAGAAUCGACAGAAGCCCCAAAACGGAAACGCGGGGAGCGAGGAGAAGUGGUGGAGACGGUGGAGGACGUGAUCGUGCGCCGACUCACCGCCGAGCGCAUCGACGAGCUGAAGAGGCUGAUCAGGGAGACGCAGGAGGAGCACAGAAAGCUUAAACAGGAGGCACAGCUGAUCCACGCCGGACACCUUGACUGCAGAGUGGAUGAGGUGUGGGGAGAGAUCGCUGAGAAGAGGAAACAGACGGAGGAGGAAGCAGAGGAGAAGAGGAAGAGCACGGACGCUUCCUAUCAGGCUCGUCAGACGGCCAAGACUGCAGUGAGGAGAGGGGCCAGCACUGUGGCCCUCUGUCCUCAAGAGGGCCCCUCCCCUAGCCUGGAGCCUCCCGCCAGCGACGGGCCCCCCCAUGGAGCCCUGACCGUUGAGGGCCAGCCCAGCCCCAUCAGGAGUGUCCUAGUGUCCCCCGGGUUCCCGCCCACCAUGACCUAUGAGUCUUCUCUGCCCAGCAACGGAGAUGUCUGCCAGGCCGUGCUCCUGGAAGAUUCCCUUCUGAGGAAACCGCUGGGCCAGAGGACGACCCCGCCCCCCUCCCCUCUGCUCUCUGAGCUGCUGAAGAAAGGCAGUGCUCUACCCGGAAACCCCAGACCGGUAGGCCUGCAUGUGCAUAGUUUGCGGGUUGGGGAGGGAGAGCCGUCUGGUCAUGUCACGGGGUCACAUGACCUGCAGCUGGCCCCGCCCCCGCCCCCGCCACCUGGCUCCCAGGCAACAGGCGCUCCCACCCUCUCUCGUCUCCUGGAAUGCGCUCCCAGCCAGGCCUCUGUUCCGCCCAGCUUCAUGCCUGCUCCUGAUUCGGUCUCCAUGGCAACCCACCAUGCCGGCAACCCACUUCCUGUGGACCCCGCUGUCCUAACCAACGCAGGUGGUUUGGCGGUCGUGGGGCCCUAUGGGUACCAGCAUGUGUUCGGGGGCCCGGUGGUGAGUCAGGAGAUGGAGGAGGAGGAGGAGGAGGAAGAGGAGGAGGUGGGCGGGUCCUACAUGGGGGACGAGCUGGACCUGAAGACAGUGGGCGACAUCAUCGCCAUCAUAGAGGAGAAGACGGUGGAGCACCCGGAGGUGCUGGACGCGGCGGCGGUGGAGGCCGCCCUGUCGCUGUGUGAGGAGGGGGGCCACGCCCUGGUGGGGAGCUGCUGGGGGCCCGGCCCGUUCAAACCCCAGGACCCCCCGCCCGGGUCUGGGCGCGGCGACACCGCCGCCCCCCCGUCCCGCCAUGGAGGUCCGACGGGGGCCAGGACAGACGCGCUGGGGGUACAACACCACCGCCGCUUCCUCCCCAUGUACCAAGGCGGAGGUCUUCCCCCUCCUCCUCCUCCUCCUCCUCCUCCCUCCAGCUCCUCCUCCUCCUCCUCCUCCUCCUCCUCCUCGCGUCCUGAACCCCUCCUGACCAGAACGCCUCUACGGCCGAAGCCCGCCUCAUCCGCGUCCGACUUCUCCGUGGCCGAGCGGGAAGGCUGCGACGGUCCUCACGGAGACUCACUAUUAGAAGAUAGCCCACUGACAGAAAGACACCGCAAGGAGAAGAGGAAGGAGGAGGAGAGGAGGGAGGAAGGAGGGACCACGAAGGGCGGUGAAGAGAGGGGUGCGUCGGAGCGCAUCAUCACCGCCACCCAGCAGGGGUACGAGGCCUGCCGGGGGGAGGGGGAGGAGGAGGAGGGGGAGGGGGGCGGCGGCGGCUUCCUGUCUGAGGGGGAGGGGGAGGGGGAGGGGGAGGGGGAGAUGGAGCCCCCGGCCAGCGGCAGCGAGGACGGCUCCAGCAUGCACACCGCCUCCUCUUCCCUGCAGCUCCACGCCACCGCCUCCUCCACGCCCAGCAGCCCCGCCUCCUCCCAGUUCUCUAUGUGCAGCGAGGACCUGGAGGCAAUACAAGCUCAGAAGAUCUGGAAGAAAGCCAUCAUGUUGGUGUGGCGCGCAGCGGCGAAUCACAGGUUUGCCAAUGUGUUCCUUCAGCCAGUCACGGAUGACAUUGCACCUGGAUACCAUGGUAUCGUGCACAGGCCGAUGGACCUGUCCACCAUCAAGAGGAACAUCGAGGCGGGCGCGGUGCGCAGCACGGCCGAGUUCCAGCGGGACAUGAUGCUGAUGUUCCACAACGCCGUCAUGUACAACAGCCUGGACCACGACGUGUUCCUCAUGGCGCUGGACAUGCAGCGCGACGUGCUCGAGCACGUCCAGCAGUUCCUCGCCACGCAGCUCAUCAUGCAGACCGCCGCGGAGGCCGCCGCUGCUGGGGGAGGGGCCAAGAGGGGAGGGGGCGGGGCCGGUGGGGGGAGGAGCCAAGAGGGAACGCAGGCGAGGAGGCAGGACCAUGCCACGGAUAAGGAUUGUGUGACGAUGGCCUCCCCUGCCUUCCUGCUGUCUCUCUUUGAUGGGGGCACUAGGGGGCGCCGCUGUGCCAUUGAAGCAGACCUCAAGAUGAAGAAAUGACUACUUGCAUUCGUUGGUCCCUGGACUGAAUUACAUGUUGAUUUUCAUCCAUUUAGUUGCAUCGGUUUUCCAUAUCAGCACAAAACAGGGUUUGAUGAAAACUGUUACUGUCGUGAAAGGCUAAUUGAGCUCAUGAAAAGCAUUUCUACUUUAACAGUUAGGGCACACAAAGGUCACAGCCUACUUAUACAACACUAACCACAGCCCCCCUUCACAUUUAUGUAGACUUACAGUAAUAUUCUCCUGCAGUGACUUGACUAACAGAAGAAAAAUGAUGUGAUUACUAAUGCCCGAAUGCCAAAGAUAAUUUCAGUUAAUUAUCUGGGAACACUUUUACACUUCUAGUUUGGUAAAGAAUAAGUCAAUGUUUUUAUCAAUGUGUGUUGUGCGCAUGUGGGUCUGAUACUGUUUGAUUCUAUCACUAAUGCACACAAUAUUUUCGUGAUUGACAAGUUAACCCGAAUACAUUUCAUAAAAAAGGCGCAUCACAGCACUGAAGUCUGAUAUGUGGAGUAAGCGAGUAUUAUGGGAUGUUAAAAAAGAUGAUUAACAACAUUAAUUCUUACUAAAGACUGCCUAACUACCUUGCAUCUGUGAUACCACUUAUAGUACUACUACUACUACAACUGCAAAUACUGAGUAAUACUAGUGUUAUACAAGACCGUGUUUUCAUGUUCUACCUAGAUAGAUUUACGGGCUGAAACUCUGCUUGUGUAUGUGUGUGUGUCUGUGUGUGUGUGUGCAGCCAGUAUACCAAUAUUAUCAACAGAUAACUGGAUUCUUAAGAUGAACCUCUCCCCUAGUGGCAGUGCUGCCGCGUUGGUUCCAUCAACAGUCAACAAAGACGCCGCGUUUAAUCUUAGAAGCAGAGAAAAACAUGAUAUAUCUCCCAUUUCUAACCAUACUGUCCUAUGCUUCUUCCAUUUCCGUUUAUAAACAUGUAUGUUUUGACUAUUGCAUUUGUGGUCUUCAUCUGAUUGUAUUGUUACCGUGACAGUACAUAAUAUACUGAAAAUAAGUAUUUAAAUUGUUUACGUUUUAUUAUGACUGCCAGGCUGUUGGUUUAGACUCCCAGGGGGGCGAAAUAACUACCAGGGGCGUCGAAAACAAGAAAUAUAGCAGUCUGCAGCCCGUAAAACACUGGGCUUGGCCUGAUGGUUUUGACCCCUGUGUUGGAAGGACAUACCACCAUCUUAGUAUAGGAUGGUGGUAUGUUUAUAUGUUUUUCAUUGAGCAACUGUGUGAUUGCCAGCUGUAACAUGGUAUUAUUGUGUUACCUUCCCAGUGCGACUAAAAUUGUGUGAGUCCUCACAUGCACAAACAAUGUUCUAACUUUAAUUAAAGUUAAACCAUGUCCAUAAAGCGUGUGUGCAAUUAUAAAUAAGAUACAAAUACAGUGAAAUUGACAAUAACAUCUAGAUCCCCUGUGUUUAUGUGUAUUUUUGACUGUGUAUAGUUUUGCUACAUGUGUGACUGUUGUGUAAUGAUUUAUAAUGUAAUAAACUCAUUGGACCCAAA